GAGACAGAGAGGAGAAAGAGGGGGUUGGCUCUAGUGUGAUGUGAAUGGAAUAGAAUCAGCGCGAGAGGGAGAAAGAGGGAGGAGGACAGCACAAAUCAACCUGCCUCUUGACUUCAACAACAGAAUAGAGGAGCCGGUAGACAGAGAUCGGGAAGUGUGCGUGUUGUUUUAUUUUUAUUUUUGGAGAGAGGAAGAGAACGGCAGACAGGAGGAACUGAAGGAGGAGGAGAAAGAGCCUCACCGUGGAGAUAGAUAGCAGAAAAAUGCUGUCAUGGGGAGAGAAGGGGAGGGAGUCGCUAGAGAGGAACAGGAUGAAACAAGGCAGGGUCGAGCAGAGCUGAAAUGUGGAGGGCCAAACAGAGAUCGCACCGAGAAACUGACUGACUGAGAUGUGACCAUAGAGGGGUGGCCAGUGGACCAGACCAAAAGGAAGCAGCAGGCACUGAAGAGUGCAGAUGAGUGGAUGCCAUGUUAGAAGGGUUAAUAGAGAUAGAGCCUCUCCCACACAGAGGACUCCUGCUCCAGUGAUGAUCCUCUCAUCCGUACUCCGCAGAAAGGAUCCCCCCCAAAACUGGAGCACCACCAAAACACACAUCUGCACACCUGGACGAACCCCUGCAACGGGACACAGCUGCAUAUUCUCUUCAAUCCUCCUCAUCUACACUCAAGAUCUUGUUGGCUUGUGAUAACAAAGUGUGGCACCUUACAGAGACAUAUAUUAGAGCCCAAGGGUUGAGAAAGUUUACCUCUCUUAAGUGGGUUUUUCAUCUUUACAGUGCUCCCAUUUUACACCAGCACCAUAGAGACCAGGACAGAAAUUUAACUGGAAGAGCAGAAGGUUCUGGACAAGAGCGGGGAAACGAUUGUUAGGCUGGAGUAGGCUUCUAAGGCAACAUGCAGUCAGAUGACCUCUUUGUCCGCAAGUUUCGCCGUCAGAACAUGCGGCCAACUAUUGCCACUGUCAACUUUGACUCCAAACGAGAAGCAAAUGUAGUGGAGUGGCCGCCACGAAGGGAGGCUGAUGGAGCUGAUGGGGACAGCCUCACUCCAAGCCGUGUGGGACUGACGCUGAGGUCGGUGGGCCGGGGCCACAUCAUGCAGAGAAGUAACAGCGAUGUAACCUUAGGAGACUUGGAUUCCUCUGGGAAGACCGGAGGGAAAGCAGCUCGGGGGGUUGGUGAGAAGGUGGGUGCGGGUGCUCAGGGGGAUGGUGGUUUGCUUCUUCAUAGGGAAUACGGCAGUCUGUCCUCACUGGAGAGACAGACUCAAGCCCAGGAGCUGAACACAGACGACCAGGGGCCCCUGAGUCCAAAUGCCCUUCGUUUCAAAGACCCUUUCCUGCUUUUGGGACUGCAGGGCAACCCUCCAGAACCUGAUGGAUUCUUUCGGGGUCUGUCUGUUUCCACAGGGGACUCCCCAAAACCUGCCAAGCCGCCUAAGCCUGAAGGUCUGAGUAAGAAGACCAAACCCCCUCAGAUCCCUCAACCAGGUCCGUAUGACAACAUUGGGGGCGGAGCCUGGGUGAGGAACUUUGCCCACUACGAUGUUCAGAGCAUCCUGUUUGACCUCACCGAGGCAGCCACAAACAGAGACAGCAUUGGACGGAAAAAGAAUAUCACCUCAGGGGCUUCAGCUGCCUCCCAGCUGCGCCCCCUUUCUCAAGCCACCCCGUCCUCACCUGCGCAGGGCGGGGGAGGCAGCGGGCUGAAUGCAGAUGACCCUGAGCAGUCGCUUCUGGACGAAGGGGAUGGCAAUGAUAACGAGCUCCUGCUCAGCUGCCCCCACUUCCGAAAUGAGACAGGGGGAGAAGAGCAGGUGGGUCUGGGGCAAUCCCAGGGGAGACAAGGACUCUGGUCGAGCCUGCGAACCCCCAACGAUGCAGUGUCGGUCCUGGAAGAGCCCAGAGAGAGUCAUGUCCAACAGCAGGGCAAGAGCAACUACUUUAUAGAGCAUGCGGAUCUGGGAGCCCAUUACUACCGCAAAUAUUUCUACAUGAAAGAACACCAGAAUUUCUUUGGUAUGGACGAUCGUCUCGGUCCGGUGGCAAUCAGUUUCCGUCGAGAUGAGAAAGAAGGAUCCAGCGGAGCUCAGUACAAUUACAGAAUCAUCUUUCGCACCACAGAGAUGAAGACACUGCGAGGUUCCAUCUUGGAGGAGUCUGUGCCUUCUGCCGCUCGUCACACAACCCCUCGAGGCUUGUCUCCCAAGAGGUUGCUGGAGUUCAUCAUGCCUGAACUGAACCUGCACUGCCUUCGCUUGGCCUCAAACUCCCCCAAGGUUCGGGACACCCUGCUGAAGCUGGAUGAACAGGGGCUGAAUUUCCAGCGAAAGGUUGGGGUGAUGUACUGUCGGGCCGGGCAGAGCUCAGAGGAAGACAUGUACAACAAUGAGAGUUCUGGCCCGGCCUUUGAGGAGUUCCUGGAUCUGCUCGGGGGGCGCGUGCGGCUGAAGGGCUGGGAGAAAUACCGGGCUCAACUGGACAACAAGACCGACUCAACUGGGACUCACUCCCUCUACACGCGCUACCAGGACUAUGAGAUUAUGUUUCAUGUAUCUACUAUGCUGCCCUACACAGCCAACAACACACAACAGUUGCUGAGGAAGCGACACAUCGGUAACGACAUUGUGACGAUCGUGUUUCAGGAGCCAGGCGCCCUACCCUUCACUCCAAAGGCCAUCCGCUCCCAUUUCCAACAUGUCUUCAUCAUCGUUCAGGUUCACGAGCAAUGCUCUGACCACACCUAUUACAGGGUGGCUGUGACACGCUCUAAAGACAUGCCAUUAUUUGGCCCGCUGUUUCCUAAGGGUGCCCGAUUCCCUCGCUCGUCUGCCUUCAGAGACUUCCUCCUGGCGAAGGUAGUGAAUGCUGAAAACGCUGCGGAGAAGUCCGAAAAGUUCCGCUCCAUGGCCACCCGCACACGGCAGGAAUACCUUAAGGACCUAGCCGAAAACUAUGUGACCACCACGCCCAUCGACUCCUCCACCAAGUUCCCCCUGCUCUCUCUGGGAGGCAAGCGCAAAGACAAGCUGAAGGGUGCCAAAGGGGCCGAGCUGCACAGUGCCGGGGCACUGGUGUGGGCUGUGAUGGUCAACAGCGGAGAUGAAGUGGAGGCGGGGGAGCACAGGCUCCCAUGUCUGCUCGGGGUGUCGGCUGAGUCGGUGGUGCUCAUUGAGAGGUGCACACGAAAAGUGGUGUUUAACUGCUCCUGUCGAGAUGUCAUUGGUUGGAAGGCAGUGACAGAGGCUAAGGAGGGGGGGCCCUGCUUGGAUAUCUUCUAUGAGCGCGGAGAGUCAGUGUCAAUUAGUGUGAUGGAGAGCCAGGCAGAAGAUAUACGAGAGGUGGUGCAGAGAUUAGAGCUGGUGACGCGGGGCUGUGAGGCUCUCGAGGUUACCCCCCUGCGUGACGGAGUCGGGCAGCCCGGCUUCCUGAUGAACGAGGAGGGCUUUGUGACGGAGCUGCAGCGCUUCUGUUACGCUGAGAGCGGAGGCCUGCAGCUGUGGGCUCGCGUGGUGCGGCUGUGUGGACACUCGCUGGUUCACCUGAGCCCCGAGGAGAGGACCAGGCUGCUCCGCACUGCGCACAAGAUCCACAUCACUGUCAUCCCACCGGACGAGAACGGCAAGCCUCGCAGAAGUUUCUCCGAGCUGUACCAGAAAGCCAUCAAGGAUGCGGAGUGUAAACCUGGCGAGGCUCAGUCUGGAGUGGCCUGGGUACUCGACGAUAGGGAAGAAGAAGAGGAGGACGAGGAGGAAAAGAAGGAGGAGGAGGAGGAGAAGGAGGAGAAGGAGGAAGAAGCAAAGGAAGACGAGCUGAAGGCAUCUGCGGUCAGUGAAGCGGACAUGACGGAGGUGCAGGUGGAGGCUGAAGAGGGUCUAGGACAGUUGUGUGAUGAAGGGCAAAGUGAGAGUAGCCACGUCCUCCUCCUCACUCCGCCCAGCUUACCUUUGUUACGGGCCACUUCUCUGCAGGACCAACCGGCCAAUCAGAGCCAGGAGAACAGCGGCUCGCAGCUCAAACGGAGCCACUCUUUAGAGAAACAGCUGUUCUACAGGGAUACGUGUGAUGGGCACGUGUACGACAACGUGGGGCUAAAGGGGGAACGCCACAUCUCUGAGAACAUCGGCGAGCUGAGAGACGCCACACCUGAUCUGAUCCUGGCUGUCAAACCCAAGGUUCCCCUAGAAGACGAACAGUUCAUGGGUGCUGAGUUUGGUGAUGACAAAGCUUCGGUGAGUGACUCGUCUUCCCGGUUGUCAUGUUUAGACCGAGCUGAAAGAAAUUCACGCGCCCUAAGUCUUCAUAACUCCAUCACCAAGAUUCUCUCAGAGACAACAGAUUCAACUGAGGAGGAGUGGCAGUCCAUUGCUGACCUGGCCACAGCCUGCCGCAGUAUCCUGGAGGCUUUGUCACGAGAGGACCGUAAAGCCGGAGACCCCUCACAAGCAGGAGCUGACCAGACAGACGGCAAGCUGAAAGACUCAAAGGAAAAUGACUCUCCAGGCCACCUAGAAGAGAAGGUGUCGCAGCUGGAGUCCAUGCUGAAGAGGCUGCAGGAUGACCUGCAAAAGGAGAAGGAGGACAAGGCGGUGCUGCAGGCCGAGGUGCAGAGCCUCAGGCAGAACAACCAGCGGCUGCAGGAGGAGUCGCAGAGCACAGUGGCUCGCCUCAUCAAAGUCACCGAGCUGCUGUGCAACGUCAACAAGCCCUGUUAGCUUCACUACUGCACGGGCAAAACACACAAAUCGGCAGAAAGAUGCUAAUCGUACAACAUGCUUGUAUGCUCAGUACGCUUAUUUUGUUUGUAGGCUACAUAUUUGCAAAGGCAGACACACACACACACACACACACACGUAUCCCCUUCAGUCUGUAUAUCACCACAGUCUCCAUCCUGAAUCCUGGACCUGCCUGGUGAUGAGGCAGUAUGCAAAUCAACCCAUAAAAAAGAAAGAAAUUACAUUUCCAACACCCCAUGACCUUCACAGACUGACCAGUGUGCAGCUCUCCGGCUGCUGCGUUUGUGUUCUAUGCCAGAGUGCUUCUCUCGGUGUGUAUGACACAGUAUGUGCAAGGAUGUGUGCCACACGUGUACAUGCGUGCGUCUGUAUGUGUGCUCUGUACUGUACUCUGGUUCAAAUACUUGACAAGCUGGGCUGGAUAGCACAUGCAUAAAAAUUGGCAAUUAAUACUGAGAGACACUGUAUAGCAUGUUUGGUGGUCUUAGCUGAAAUGACCAAAAGUGUGUAUGUUUGUAUAUAUAUAUAUAUAUAUAUAUACAUAUAUAUAUACAUGAACAGUAGUCUUGCUAUCUUCUCUGCCAGGCGUGUAGUUGCAAUGUCUGAGUGUGGUUCUGCCUGGCACUGGUAGUGUGGAAGGCCUUGAAAACAGUAAGAAAAAAGGGAACAGGACAAUGACAAGCCUGUAGGCAGCCUUCUACUUCAAUAGAUGUAAUGAUGCUAACUGACUCACCUCAGAGCAAGGCCGGUUACGUAAGGAAAUCGUUCUCUGCCCUCAUUACUCUCAGCAGUACUCAUAUUUAAGAAACUCUGACGUUUUUAGAGAGACAAUUUAAGAAAAUCAAUACAUUAAAAAAAGACUUAAACUGGAAAUGUCAAAAAAAAAGGACUGAGCAUGCUUGUUCCUCCUGGAAGUAUGACAACAGUAUUACAGAGAUACUGCAAAGGGUUAUACCUCUCCUAAAGAUGCAGACAAUGGCAGGAAAAGAACUGCUUUUGCUUCCUUCCAUGAUUGCCUGUAGCUGUUUUCUUCUAACCUCACUAUUGUAGCAGCCAUACUGUAGAAGAUCUCCUCCUGCUGGCCUGAAGAGCGAUAUGCCAUAAGGCGGAUUGUCUUUCAGCUGGCAAAAUAGUUUUAGGUGUCAGAAUAACACACCUGGAACUAAUAGUGAAAUACAGAAUAUCGUAUUUAAAUAUGUUUUGUGUUCGGCUGAUGUCUACAGUGACUAUUUUGGGUAAUUGUUUAGUAUGGCUUAUGAGUGGUAGAGGUAAGGACAAUAUGUGAAAUCUUACCAUUCCACCCUGAUGUGUGUGUUGUAUUUGUUUUCUGUGUCGUUCUUGCACCUUUGAUUUUGUAAAAUCAGCACUGGAUAGGGCACAUACUGUACUUUAUUUAGCCUAGGUUACUUUAUGUCUUGCUCAACAAAAGAAGGUGGAUGCGAUCUCAUCCCCCCUGACACCACCUUUACCUCACCUUUUUGUGUCCGCUGCUGAUGGCGCCAAUAAUAAACACAAGUUCAGAGGGGUCAGACUGCUUCUCCUCAGUGCCAACGAAAAAGCCCGGGCAGCUUUCCUGAAUCGCACCGAAAUCAAACAGAACUGACCACAAACUGAACUGCAAACUCUAAACUCUGACAAAAAGGGAUGCCAAACGUUCGCCAGUUACUCAGACUCUCUUGUUCCUUGUACAAACUUCCUCUUGUAAUUUUAUUUUAGAGUCACUGUGAAUACCUGGUACCAGCAUAUUAAGAUACAGUAUAUACAGAUUAAAUUAUGAAUCUAAACUUUAUCAGUAUGUGAAAAUACUGUAUGUACAGCUGAACUGUUCCAUGUUACUUAGUGCAUUGGGUUGUGUAUGCCCUCCUUUUGCAGGAUUAUUAUGCAGAGAAGUGGUAAUUGUGGCCAUGCAGGGGUCCCGUUUCAUCUCCUGUACAUGCUGAAGCCUUGUGACUGAACAGGGAGACGGUGGUGUGAGAAGACCCGUUUUACUGUGUCUUGUAUAGUUAUUUAGAUUGUAGGAGGUUGGUCAAGCAUGAGAAUGUGCCAAGCAACUUCCAAGCUCCCCUCUAUAUGUGUGUAUGUAUAAAAAUGUAACUUAUUAA